AUCAUUUGAAUAUCGUCAAAAAAGAUUUUAUCAAAAAGGACAACAAAGGAAAGAGAUGGUUGAGAUUCAGGGAAGAUUCAAGAGAGUUGAGUUGGCUUUCAAUGUAGCGGCGGCGCGUGUACGUCCGCCGUGUGAUAACAGUAGCGGAAGCGAUCAUUCGCCGGAUCUUUCGGAUUUGGUCGCAUCUUUUAUGGAGAAAGAAGGACAAAUAGUAUUACGUGAGGAAGAAGAAACUUCUUCCGACGAUAACGAUUUGGAAGAUGUGAAGGAGAGGUUACGGAAGCUUUUAGAAGGUUUGUCCCGCGGCGAAGAGCGGAGGAGAAUAAUGGCGGCGAUGAUGGAGGUUGUUGGAACGUUCGUCGGAGAUGUUAGUUCUCCUAAGCGUCAAUUGAUGGCGUUUCUACGUAACAAGGGUUUUGAUGCAGGUCUUUGCAAGUCAAGUUGGGAGAGAUUCGGCAAGAACACCGGCGGAAAAUACGAGUACGUCGACAUUCGAUGCGGCGGAGAUCAUAAUCGGUAUAUCGUGGAGACAAACCUAGCCGGAGAAUUUGAGAUAGCCCGACCAACGAAACGGUACCUUUCAAUACUAAACCAAGUCACACGUGUCUUCGUGGGAACUUCGGAGGAGCUGAAACUGCUCGUGAGGAUCAUGUGCCACGAGAUGAGACGGUCGAUGAAGCACGUAGGUAUCCACGUGCCACCGUGGAGGAGAAACGGUUACAUGCAAGCUAAGUGGUUUGGUUUUUAUAAACGAACUUCGACGACGAAUAAUUACGACAUGGUUCAUACUUAUGAUACGACGGCGUUUAAGGGUUGCAAGGAAGAGUUUUGGGAAGCAAAAGGUCUUAAGGUUAUGGUUGGUCAGCUUUCGGUUGCUUUCAACGUUAGUGGGGUUGAAGUGUAAUAAUAAUCGGAAAAAUAAAUGAGUGAAUCUUUUUGAGCUGAUAUAUGUAAGGUAGUUAUCGGGUUUUGUUUGUAAAUACUAAAUAUUAAUAUUUUUG